GCCCGGGGGGGGCCCUGGGGGGGCUCGGCCCUGACCCCCCCAAAAACGGGGACACCCCCAAAAACGGGGACACCCCCAAAAUCAACAGGGACACCCCCAAAACCAGCCGAGACCCCCCCCAAAAUCAGGUCGCCGUGCGGGGCCGGGGGCGCCCGGUGCCCGUGGGGAGAGUGAGGCGGGCUGCGAGCAUGGCCGGUCUGGCUCUGGAAUUGGGUCUGGGGGCUUUGGCCAAGGCUGCCCGGACGCGGCUGCGGGGGCAGGAACGGCCCCAGGGUCCCGCCCUGUCCGAGGGCAGCGCUGAGCGUUUGGUGGCCGCGCUCAGCCGGGCCCGGGGGGCGGCGCUCAAGGUGGGGCAGCUGCUCAGCAUGGCAGACGCGGAGGUGCUGCCCCCGCAGCUGCAGCCGCUGCUGGCGCGGCUCAGGCAGAGCGCGGAGCCCAUGCCGGGCUGGCAGAGCCGGGCUGUCCUGGACGCUGAGCUGGGCCGGGGCUGGCGGGAGCAGCUCCAGGAGUUCCAGGAGGUUCCGGUGGCCGCCGCCUCCCUGGGCCAGGUGCACCGGGGGCGGCUGCGCUGCGGGACCCCCGUGGCCAUCAAGGUGCAGUACCCGGGCGUCGCCCGCAGCAUCGGCAGCGACGUCGAAAAUCUCCUGACCCUGCUGAGCCUCACGCCAGGGCUGCCAAAAGGCCUGUUUGCGGCGCCGGCGCUGCGGGCGCUGCAGCGGGAGCUGGAGCUCGAGUGCGACUACGAGAGGGAGGCCCAGAGCACCCAAAAGUUCCGGUCCCUGCUGGGCUCCGAUCGGUUUUUCCGCGUGCCCGCCGUGGUUCCCGCGCUCAGCGCGCGCCGCGUGCUCUGCACCGAGUGGGGGCGGGGCGCGGCCCUGGAGCGCUGCCGGGACCUCCCUCAGGAGCGGCGCGACCAGAUCUGCACGGAGCUGCUCCGCCUCUGCCUCCAGGAGCUUUUCCAGUUCCGCUUCAUGCAAACCGACCCCAACUGGGCCAAUUUCCUCUACGACCCUGAGCGGCACAAAGUGACGCUGUUGGAUUUCGGGGCGUGCCGGAGCUUCGAGAAGGAAUUCACCGAUCUCUACAUCGAGGUGAUUCGGGCUGCGGCUGACAGGGACGAGGAGAAAAUCCUGAGCAAAUCCCGGGAGCUGAAAUUCCUGACGGGCUUCGAGUCUCCGGCCAUGGAGUCCCUGCACCUCCAGGCCGUUCUGCUGCUGGGGGAGCCUUUUUGGGGUUCCCAGCCGUUCGAUUUUGGGGCCCAGGGCACGGCGCGGGGGGUCCGGGGGCUGCUGCCCCAGAUGCUGCGGGGCCGCCUGGGGCCGCCCCCCGAGCCCAGCUACGCCCUGCACCGCAAGCUGGGCGGCGUCUUCAUGGCCUGCGCCCACCUCGGGGGGCGCGUGCGCUGCCGGGAGCUCUUCCUGCAGCUCCACAGCUCCUACUGGCGCCCCGACAGCGCGCCCCAACACCCAGCGGGGAAACGCCAGGAGCACUAAAGGGGGAUUGCAACCCAAAAGUGGCGUCGCGUCUUCCAGAAUCCCAGAAUGCAGGAACGGACCUUAAAAAGCACCUGCUUCCAACUGACCAUCGCCUGAGCUCUGUCUCUCCGAGACCUCGUUCGCACUUCGAUCUCCCGAGCUCCCAUUUCUUGUUCAAUAGAAUCCAUGAACAAAACAAUCUGGUUUUGUUCUCCUAUGGUCUCAUUUGUGCUUUCACUGGGGCAGAGGCACCUCUUCCUCAUGGCGCCUUAAGCCUGGAUGGACCCAUGGGCAGGUUCCUUCCAGCCACAAGCAUUCCAGGAUUCUGUCAGGGACUC